AUGACCAAGUGCGCUCGGGGGAACAAGCAGGGGAAGGAUGCAUUUAAAGCUGGAUGUGUGCUGCAUUCAGGGAGAUUCGGCAAUAAUAGCAGCUCUAGCAGAAACAGCGAGUGCGGAGGGCCUGGGAAGCACCCAGCCCCACUAUCUCCUCCUUUUCCUCCCCCCCUGCAGGACCAUGCUUGCGUGAGGGAUGAGGCUGUGCACAGGGACACCAGGCCAGAGCUGCGGCCUACUUCUCACAAGAGCCGGUCUCUCGACUGCAAGAUCUGUGAACACAUUGCCACCAUCAAAUCAGCAUCUUUGGUCAUCAGGUAGAUCCAGGAGCAUGAGCAGGACUUUGAGCUGCGGGAGCAGAUGUCUGGGUAUAAGCGCACACGGCGGCAGCACCAGAAGCAGCUGAUCGCCCUGGAGAAUAGGCUAAAGGCCGAGAUGGAUGAGCAUAGGCUCCGGCUGCAGAAAGAAUUAGAGACACAUGCGAACAACACUUACAUUGAGCUGGAAAGACUGGCCAAACGACAUGCUGCUCAAACAGACAAAGAGAUUAAGUCUGUUGCAGCAGAAGAGAGGAGGAUCCAGCAACAGAUUGUUGCUCAGCAAAAGAAAGAGCUGGCUAAUUUCUUAGAGAAUCAGAAGAAAGAGUACAGGUUUUGCAAAGACAAGAUCAAAGAAGAGAUGAGCGAAGACCCUUGUACACCCAAGGAUGAGAAGUAUGAGCGUCUGUCCAGGCACAAAGAAACAAUACAGCGCUCUCAGGCUGAGGAGGAGUCUCUCCUGCUGGACCAGCAGAGGCUGGUCUACGAACGCAGCUGCAGGGCCCUCAAACGCCGGAGUCUGGUCAGGAAGCACGAAUUUGAACAGGAGCAACUGAGAGAGGAGCUGAACAAGAAGGGGACCCAGAAGGACAUGGAGCAUGCCCUGAUGAUCCGGCAGGACGAGUCCACGCAGGACAUGGAGCGGCGGCAGCUGCAGAUGCUGCAGAAGUUACGCACUGAACUCAUGAGGCUGCAGCACCAGACCGAGCUGGAGAACCAGGAGGAGUACAACGGCCGGCGGCAGAGAGAACUACACAGGAAACACACUCUGGAGCAGCGGCAGCAGCCCAGAAACCUCAAGAUGCUGGAGAUGCAGAUCAAGAGACAGUUUCAGGAUACGUGCAAGGUGCAGAACAAGCAGUACAAAGCUCUUAGGAACCAUCAGCUGGAGGUCUCCCCCAAAGGCGACCACAAGAGCAUCCUGAAGAGCCUGAAAGAGGAGCAGACACGCAAGCUGGCCAUCCUGGCUGAGCAGUACGAGCAGAGCAUCAACGAGAUGAUGGCGUCACACGCGAUGCGAUUAGACGCGGAGCAGGAAGCGGAGUGCCAAGCUCUGAAGCAGCAGCUGAAGCAAGAGAUGGAGCUCCUGGACGCCUACCAGAGGAAAACCAAGUCACAGAUGGAGACCCAACAUGAGCGAGAGCAGCAGAAACUUGAGCAGAAGGUCUCCAUACGCAGAGCGCACCUUGAACAGAAGAUUGAAGAGGAACUGGUCGCGCUUCAGAAGGAGCGCACUGAAAGGAUCAAGCACUUGUUUGAGCGUCAGGACAGAGAAAAUCACACUUUUGACACAGAAAGUAGAUGUCUCGGCUUUGGAAGCCUGGGAUCUCUGGACUUCCCCAAAGAAGACUCCAGAUGAAAGUGGAUUUAUCUUUAGAGGACAACAUAUCCGUGCCCUUUUCGCAUCCACUUGACCGUUUGUCACGUCCACAGUGGCAAAGCUGGAUAACUUUCUCUAUUGCUUUUCUUCUCUCUUAGAUAUUGCAUCUUUGAACGGAGGUGUUACGUGCAAUGAGAACUUCUUUUGUGAAACUUGAAGGGGGAAAUAAAACAAAAAUAAUCUACAACAACAUGUCAAUAAAAAGCAAACCUAGUCAAUGUAUCUCAAAAACGUAUGUGUUAAAAAUAACAGACUCUUUCCUCCAUGCCAUUUCCUUCUUUUUUGGUAUGAAUUGAAUAAUUCAGGAAAUUUUAGUAAAAUUGGCACUUUGAUAUGUUUAAGUAGAAACCAGAAACCCAUCAUGUUCGUAUGAUGCUUAAUGUGUGCUACGUGGAGGGACAUUGUGGAAUGUGAGCUGCGGACUCCCCCGUGGUGUUAAGCUGCUUUUUCUUUUUUUAUUGAUUUUAUUAUAUUUUGUUUCUUUUUUUAUUUUAUGCUCUGAAUGUGAAUAUUACUGUAUGGGGUCACUGGAUAAAGUCAGAGUUUAUUCAUUUGUAAAUGUUUUUGUUCAUACUUCCAUAUUGUGCUUAUGCAUACAGUAUACUGUGGUCUCUCACUUUACUAGGCAACAGCUCUUAUCUUUUUUUCAUUUAUUUGAUAUGUAGAAUCAAUUGGCAUCAGCUUGAUCAACCCUUAUCACAAUACAAGAUCCCACUUGGUAAAACUGCUUAUUAUUGCAUGCACUUUAAGGACAAAUUCAGGUUGUGAAGUGAAGCAUGAAUCUGUCAGAGAUUUUAGCUGUUUGUAAAUAAAAGCAUUUUUUUGUUUUUGUUUUAAGCCUAUGGAUACUGAACAUAAGCGCCAUAUUUGAUAUGAUAAUUUCACAAAUGCCUUUAUUUAAGUUGUGCCUGAAGCAGAUUUUAGUUUCCGUGUUUGUUAUAUCUAUAUUUUAUUUACUGAGGCCGGCACCAUUUUGUUUUGGUUUCAUCUAAAUAUGUGAAUCAUUUAAUGUUCACUAAUCAGAGUUCUUGUAAAGGAAAAUGGUGAGAAUUGUGCUGUAUAACUUUUGAUAUGAAUAUUUGUACAUGAGAAUAUAGCUAGAACAUACAGAGAUACUGGUCUAUUACUGAUAACAGAGCUUAACGAUAAAGACUUUUGCUUCGUUUUUGUUUUAUAAUAUAGAGAUAUGGUCAUACAAUAGCUCAAUAUAUUGUCAAAUCACUAGACUCUCAGAUUGUAUAAAUGCUGGUGGAUGGAACCACAGACUUCUUAUAAUAUCAGCACCACAAUCUUUCAUGGAGCGACGGUUCUACAAAAGCAAACACAACAUGUGGGUCCAGAUUGCAUUUGAGUAAAUAGUGUCUAAUGAUCAGAUUUACAUAUUUUUUGCCAUGUUCACUAUGGUCAUUGAACAGGUUGCACAAUGUUUCCAUUUGUACUGAAUGGAAAGAUAAUUGUUUGGUGCUUAAUUUCUAAUACCACCUUUAGCCUUGUAGUUUUUUGUCUUGGAGAGACGAUUGAUUUUUACAAAAUGUAAAGCAUUUUGAAAACCCCUCUGAGUCAAAACACUACUAAGUUUUUCAAACACUCAUGACAUAUUAAGAGUACCCCAUGCAGUGAAACCCUCUAAAAAUGAAGUAUAUGUAUGAGAAAAUAAAUACUAUUUUAUCA